UCCUUUUGUAUCUCGCUGUGCCGUCCGAACCACGAAACAGUCUUCCCUUCUCCCUCCGUUGUAUUCUCUUCCCUUUGUUUCGUCUCCUCUCUCUUCUGCCUCUUCUCGUCGACUACCAGAUCGGAGGGGAGAGGGGAGAGGGGAGAGAUGGCGAUCCUCUACGCUCUGGUGGCGCGAGGAUCGGUCGUGUUGGCGGAGUUCAGCGCUGCGGCGGUGAACGCCGGCGCGGUGGCGCGGCAGAUCCUCGAGCGGAUCCCCGAUUCCCAGGACACCCACGCGUCCUACUCACAGGACCGGUACGUCUUCCACGUCAAGCGCACAGACGGCCUCACCGUUCUCUGCGUCGCCGAUGAUACCGCCGGCAGAAGAAUUCCUUUUGCUUUUCUCGAGGAUAUUCAUGGAAGAUUUGUCAAGGCAUAUGGUUGUGCUUGUCAUACAGCACCUGCUUAUGCAAUGAAUGAUGAGUUCUCUAGGAUCUUGAGUCAACAAAUUGAUUACUAUUCAAAUGAUCCUAAUGCAGAUAGAAUGAAUCGCAUCAAGGGUGAAAUGAGUCAGGUUCACAAUGUUAUGAUAGAAAAUAUUGACAAAGUGCUGGGAAGAGGAGAGCGACUGGAGUUGCUAGUUGACAAAACUGCAAACAUGCAGGGGAAUACAAUUCGUUUCAGGAAACAAGCACGUCGAUUCAGGAACACAGCAUGGUGGAGAAAUAUUAAGCUAACGAUCGCGCUUAUUCUACUUAUCGUGAUUAUUAUAUACGUGGUGCUUGCAUUUUUCUGCCAUGGACUUACUUUGCCAGCUUGUAUCAGGUAGAGCUUGUUAUAGUUUCUUUCUUAUGCCGAUGCGGUGGUUAUUUGUGAUCCGAUGGAUGUCGGUUGUGUUAUAGAUUGGUUUGAAUUUUUCAUCUUGUUGCUGUUGUUGUUGAUAACUCGUUGUUUGUGCUACCCUUGCGGGAAGAAAAGAUCUGUAACUACAAUGACAUUUUCUACUAUUUAUGAAGUGUGCAUUGGUGA